AUGGUCUCACAAGUCGAGCCUUCCCAGUCCCUGGCCCUUCGAGGGCCCUCCUCGGUCGUCUCAAGGUCUUCCAGGCAUCGUCGGCAUGGCAGAUCUCAUGCUGGAGGGUCUUCAUUCGUUCCGCAGAACGAAUUCCCCGUUUUCAGUCAUACGGGUGACGUUGAGAUACUAGUCAAGGCUGGCUCCCAAACGAAUCGAUACCUCCUCCAUCGUAUAAUUCUCACACAAUGUUCCGGUUUCUUCGAGGCAAGCACAAGUCAGGAAUGGUCGAAAGCGGGCAAUGAAGGCGGCGUGGAACUGGCUAGGAUAGGUGAGGACUUGGGCAGCGAAUCUGCGAGGAAUAACAAGAAACGAUGGAGAUAUGAGCUGGAUGCUGGUGCCAGCGACGAUGAUAUACCCAUGCUGGUGCAGAAAGAUAAUACGCAAGCAUCUCUUUUCGGAUCAACAGAUGCUCGGCCUCCGCCUGUACGCAACAAACCACCGUCGUCGAACCCUUCCUUCUUUCGAUCAGUCGCAAACCUCUCGCUUUCAACUCCGCAAGCCUCAUCCGCUCCUCCUCUAAGUCCCCAGGACCAAGAUCUCUUAAACGACUACGAUAACCUCUUCCGAAUCUUUUACAAUUACCCUCCAGCCCUUGAUCCAAUCGACAUAGCAACCGCUUACAUUCAGUGCAAGUCCCUUCUCACACUUGCGGACCUGUACGAUGCCCUCGCUGUAGUUGGUCCAAGAAUUGAUCACCACCUUCUUCAAUUCCAAUCGCGGCUCUGGAAACAGAUUGCUAAAUAUCCUUCCUCAUAUCUAAGACUUGGCUACCUAGCGCAAUCCAAGACCAUCUUUGAAGAAGCCCUCAUCCAUGUUGUAGGCGCAUGGCCUAUGGGAGAGCGCCACAUUCGGCAUCAACUCCCUGACACGGUUCUCCACAUCAUCGAAGACAAAGUGGAUGAACUAGACGACCUAGUAGGCAAAAUCGAAGGUCGUCUCUACCGUAUGAAUCUCACCACCUCGAGAGGCGAGAGAGUGACCCCCCACAACAACUACCUUGACUGGCUGGCCAUGUCUCUAUUCAGACAAUGGCUGGCAGACGCCACCUCACCUCCUCCUCCUCCACCUAUUCCACGAGCCUCGCAGUCUCGCAACGGAGGUGGUCAUGCGCGGAACAACACCAUCCAAGUAACCAUAGCAGCAAUCCACCAUACCAACCAAACAGUACAGCAAUUCCAUCCCUCGUCAUCACUUUCUUCCUCGUCGUCUAACGGGCCUGUAAACACCAACCCGCAUCUUGGCCGUGUCUUUCGCACACUAGGGUCCGCGCCUUCCUCAUAUCUCGGUCAUGAUGAGUGCAAGAGAUUCCUCAAACUCACGCCAGAGCUGUACUCUCGUGACAAUCUGAAGAAGUUCGAGAAGAGACUGGAUGAGAUGAAGAGCUUGGCGAGGGAAGUGGUGAGACCUCUUAUGCGAAGCAGCUUACUUGGUGAGGGAACGCAUGUGAGCUACCUGGUCUGCACCAGAGUAACCGAAAGGGAUUUUCCAUGGAACGAAUAA